CCUGUGACUGUAUAUUGUUGUAUUGUUGUCCUUUUCUGCUGUUCUACUCCGCACUUCUCUUUUGAUACGUUACGUCUCUUCUAUAUUUACUCGACUGGAUCGCCACUUCUCUCGCAUUGAAUUGAUUUCCUGAUUCCCUAAGCAAUUUCUAUCAGUUCGAAAGGUUGCAUUUUGUGUGAAAUUGAAGGAAUCAUGAGUUUCGCAAAGAAAGAGUACCAAUUUCUCAAGGAGAUCGGAAUUGGCCCUAAAAAUCUAGGAGGUUUUGUUAAUGGCACCUGGAAAGCUAGUGGCUCCGUCAUCUCCACUGUUAAUCCCGCAAACAAUCAGACUAUUGCUGAAGUUGUAGAAGCUUCUGCUCAAGAUUAUGAGGAAGGCAUGCAAGCUUGCUCUGAAGCAGCAAAAAUUUGGGUGCAGGUUCCUGCACCAAAAAGAGGUGAGAUUGUUAGGCAGAUAGGCGAUGCACUCCGAGCAAACCUUCAGGAAUUUGGUCGGCUUGUUUCACUUGAAAUGGGAAAGAUACUCCCCGAAGGAAUCGGAGAAGUUCAAGAAGUCAUUGAUAUGUGUGAUUUUGCUGUGGGGUUGAGUCGACAACUGAAUGGAUCCAUUAUUCCUUCUGAGCGCCCUAACCAUAUGAUGUUGGAGAUGUGGAAUCCUCUUGGGAUAGUUGGUGUUAUCACGGCUUUCAAUUUCCCAUGUGCUGUACUUGGAUGGAAUGCGUGUAUUGCGCUGGUCUGCGGCAAUUGUGUUGUCUGGAAAGGUGCUCCAACAACACCAUUGGUUACCAUAGCGAUGACAAAAAUUGUGGCUAGUGUAUUGGAGAAAAACAAUUUACCUGGUUCAAUUUUUACUGCCUUCUGUGGUGGAGCUGAAAUUGGUGAAGCAAUAGCGAAGGACACUCGAAUUCCUCUAGUUUCUUUCACUGGGAGCUCAAAGGUUGGUCUUGCAGUUCAGCAAACAGUAAAUCAGAGAUUUGGAAAAUGCCUACUAGAACUAAGCGGAAAUAAUGCAAUAAUAGUAAUGGAUGAUGCGGACACUGAACUUGCUGUUCGUUCUGUUUUAUUUGCUGCUGUUGGUACGGCUGGUCAACGCUGUACAACGUGCCGGAGACUGCUUGUUCACGAGACAGUUUAUGAGAAGGUACUUGAACCACUAGUUGAUGUGUACAAGCAAGUAAAGAUAGGGGACCCUUUAGAAAAAGGUACCUUACUUGGGCCACUGCAUACUCGCACUUCUAGGGAAAACUUUCAGAAGGGAAUCCAAAAUAUCAAGUCCCAGGGUGGAAAGAUCCUUACAGGUGGUUCGGUCAUAGAAUCUGAGGGUAACUUUGUGCAUCCAACAAUUGUUGAAAUAUCUUCAAAAGCUGAAGUUGUGAAGGAAGAAUUGUUUGCUCCAGUUCUUUAUGUAAUGAAGUUUAAGACUUUCGAAGAAGCAGUUGAAAUUAACAACUCUGUCCCUCAAGGUUUAAGUAGUUCCAUCUUCACCCGAAAUCCACAAUUUAUAUUUAAGUGGAUUGGAGCUCAAGGAAGUGACUGUGGCAUCGUCAAUGUAAACAUACCAACAAAUGGAGCUGAAAUUGGUGGUGCUUUUGGAGGUGAAAAAGGUACUGGUGGUGGCCGUGAGGCAGGAAGUGAUUCUUGGAAACAAUAUAUGAGGCGCUCAACGUGUACAAUCAAUUAUGGGAAUGAACUACCAUUGGCGCAAGGAAUCAACUUUGGCUAACAAAAUUGGCGCAGAACUUCGCGAUCUGCUCUUGGAUUAUCGUGCUUUUGAGCGCGUCCAUGGUUUGAUACUUACUCCAAGUACUUGUAAUUGGCCCCGAAUCACUUAAAUGUACUUCCCUUGCAACUCAAUAAAGUGAUACUCAUAUUAAAACCAAGUGUGUUCUAAUGAUUACUAUCAGGUCGCCCAAUCAAUGAGUUUACUUGGCUGCUAUA